AUGGUCCGCCUGCGCAGCUCCGACGGCCAGGAGCUCGAGGUGAUGGAGGAGGCGAUCGCCGCCGCGUCUAAGACGAUCAAGGACGCGCUGGAGAAGGGCGGCGCCGCCGGCGACGCCAUCCCGGUCCCCGACGUCACCGGCCGAGUCCUCUCCCGCGUCCUCGAGUACGUCAACAGGCACUUCUCCGACCCGGCCGCCGCCGCCGACCCCUUCGACUACAUCCCCAACUUCGACGACCCGCUCAAGGCGUUCGACGACGCCUUCGUCCAGGUCGACCAGGACACGCUCUUCGACCUCAUCGACGCGGCCGAGUGCCUCGAAAUUGAGGGGCUGAUGGACCUGACGUGCAAGACGGUGGCGGACCAGAUGAGGGGCAAGACCAUAGAGGAGAUCCGCAAGAAGUUCCACGUCGUCAACGACUACACCGCCUGGGCCUUCGAGUAGUAGUUCAAAUCUUGUUCAAAGUUUGUUCAUUAGAUGAUCGACCCACACUAUGUUUUGCCUUGUGUUCUCGCCAUGUUAGUGUAAUCGGGCGGAUUUACUACUAAUUUCGGUACUCAGACUCG